UAAUAUCAGCUUGUACCUACCCCUUUCUCCCUGUACCUCUUCCUUCUACUUUCCUAUACACUAAUCAUCACUCACUCCACCUUAUACUCUAUGCUGUCCUUUCACUGCAUAGUUAGUUCAUAAAGGUGCAUAUCUACCCUGCCUUCAUCUUGUAACCCCUACAUAAGAUGAUCAGAGUGAUAGCCUUCCCACCCACAGAUGCUCCCAGCUUGUCCUCUACAGCUAUAGAACUGGAUGAAGACUGCACAGUCUGGAUGCCAUACCAUUCGGGGUUUCCCAUGCACUAGGGAAAUCCCUAGCUGUCCAGUUCAGGCACCAUUAGGGCUGCUGUGUGUUGCAGGACCAUCAAAAACCAAGUUCUUCUUCAUAUUUUCAGUAGAUAUUUUACAUAUGGAAAGGGAUGUGUUGCUCUCAGUAGGAAACCUAAAUGAGGUAUAAUGUUAUGCCAGGAUAACUGGAAAUGAUACAAUUUCAGGAGAACUCAAAGUAGCAACAACUAAAGUAAGUUCAGUGUAAAUCACUUCUGGUUUAAUGGAAGCAGUGGGCACAGGACAAAGUGGAAACACAGACUUCAAACUGGUUUUCAAGAAAAAGUGUCUCCAUUUCAGGUACUAUUUGAAGAGAGAAGAACACUAAUAAAUGGCCUGAUCCUCUAAAUGUGUACUCAUCUAAAACAGUCCCAUGUGGUUUUCUUGGAUGAACAAGUUGUGCAGUGGGUAUAAAGCUACCAUUCAUAGUUGUAACCUUUCAUCAGAUGAGUCCGGUGCACAAUUAAAGAACAUUACAAAUAAGAACCUUUUACUUGCAGAGGUGCUAAUCCUGAUAAGAUAACAAGAGACGCAUCCACUUACAAAAAAUUACGCCAGAAACAGUGUUAGUCUUUAUGUUUUCUGAUUGGAUACUGGACCCUUUCUGCCUGAUGAAGAGUAAAAUUGGCCUUGAAGACAUCCUUGAAGUGCUUUCUCUACCCUCCACUUGAGUGUACACCCUGACUGAGCUGGGAGAAUAAAACUUGCUUUGUGAGUCUGGAGUUGGACAUCUGGAUGAUGUGGCUGGCCUGGAGUCAUUAAUGUUGAAUGAGCAUUAUCUCAAAGCUUGUGGUGUUUUCUUGCAAGAGGACAUUAAUGUUGGUGUGUCUGUCUCCCUCCUCGAUUUGAAGGAUCUUCUGCAGGCAGUGUUGACGGUACUUCUUCAAUGACUUGAGAUGUUUCCUCUACGUUGUCCGUCUCAGCUCCAUACAGUACGAUGGGGGAUCGCAACUGGUUGAUAAACUAUGAGCUUGGUUUUGGAUCUGAUGUCACGAUCUUUGAACACCCAUUUCCUCAGGCAUCUGAAGACUGCACUUGCACUUUUAAGGCGAUGUUUGAUUUCUUCAUCAAUGUCAGCCUUCUGUGAAAGAUGGCUUCUGAGUUUUUCCAGAACAUCAUCAGUACUUUUUGGCAGUGGCAUUCUCAUCCUGGAGGAGGGCAUCUUUUUAAGGUGAAGUCAAGACUUAGAGCAACAUGGACCUCGAUGUGCUGAACAUGUUUGUAAUAGCUGGAGGCACCCUGGCUAUCCCGAUUCUAGCAUUUGUAGCAUCCUUUCUCCUGUGGCCUUCAGCACUGAUCAGAAUUUAUUAUUGGUACUGGCGUCGAGCACUUGGUAUGCAGGUUAGGUACGCAUACUACGAUGACUACCAGUUCUGCUAUUCCUAUCGAGGGAGGCCUGGGAACAAACCAUCCAUACUGAUGUUACAUGGAUUUUCUGCCCACAAAGACAUGUGGCUGUCUGUAGUCAAGUUCCUGCCGAAGAAUCUGCACUUGGUGUGCGUUGACAUGCCUGGCCAUGAAGGCACUACCCGGUCAUCCUUAGACGACUACUCCAUUAAUGGGCAAGUUAAAAGAAUUCAUGAGUUUGUUGAGUGCAUCAAGCUGAAUAGAAAACCCUUUCACCUGGUUGGCACUUCAAUGGGUGGAAAUGUUGCAGGAGUUUAUGCUGCUCAAUACCCUGCAGAGGUUUGCAGCCUGUCUCUUGUGUGCCCUGCAGGUCUGCCAUAUCCAACGGAUAACAAAUUCCGUAAGUUUUUGCGGGAGCUGAAAGAGUCGGAGGGCAUUGACAGGAUUCCUUUAAUUCCAUCAACCCCUGAAGAAAUGGCUGAGAUGCUCAAACUUUGUUCUUAUGUUCGCUUUAAAGUACCCCAACAAAUUCUGCAGGGCCUUGUCGACGUCCGCAUCCCCCACAAUGAAUUCUACCGCAAAUUGUUCUUGGAAAUUGUCAAUGAGAAGUCCGUAUACAAGCUUCACGAGAACAUGAGGAAGAUCAAAGCCCCGACGCAGGUCAUCUGGGGAAAACAAGACCAGGUCCUGGAUGUAUCUGGAGCAGAUGUUCUAGCGAACUCCAUUCCUGACUGUCAUGUGCAUAUUCUGGAAAACUGUGGACACUCGGUGGUAGUGGAAAGGCCCAGGAAGACUGCGAAGCUCAUCUUAGAAUUUUUAGCCUUGGUGCACAAUGCAGAGAACAGCAAAAAACUCGCUUGAGCUUCAUGUAGAGCUGAGCACCUGAACAAGCUGUUUUGAGUUGUGAAGUGCUGAUGCUUUGAUAAGUUCUCAGGGAUCUUGUACAAAGUGGGGUGAAUGUGCCAAAGUCCCUGAGGAAGCCAGAAUCAUUGAUACAUAAAUCUGUAGUGCUUUCAACACACAGUGACCUAAGGGAUCAUAGAACAAUUUUCAUUUUUUUAUACAUAAAUUAGAAAAUGAGCUGAAAUCAGAAAAUUCUAGCCAUGGAAUGCACCAAAAACUCUUUCUGUAGCCCAUGUUCUGUGAACUUAUGUAAUGGUAAACGUCUUGGAACAUAGGUGUUAAUGACAUUCACUUAGGAUAUAUAAGAAGUAUGGAAGGGGGAAAUGUCAUAGAGUGUGAUUUAAGCUAUGUCUGCUCUUUAGAACCUAUUGCAUUGCAUGAUAAGUUGUUAUAAGAGAAUUCUAAUGUUCCAGGCAUUUGCUAAAGUGCUGUUUCUGUAGCUCAUUAGCCUCUGACUUAUGCAGAAAAUGGAAGCCACACACACACAACCUAAUUUGCAGAAGUAAAAUGACUGUGUACCCAAAAUGUUUACACUUAUUGUAGGUGGACUUUUUAGUCCCUGAACAAUUCCUAUGUAUAGAUAGAUAUUUUGCUGCCUUAACAGUCCAGAAUAAUGAGGUACUUCUACAGCUUGGCCUCUCUUUGGUGGAGGAUAUUUUUCUUUUGAUGUUAAGCCUCUGUUGUAUAUAACAACCAGCACUACAGAGAACGUUUCAGAACAGUUAAAGCAAGUGGAAAGACACUCCCAGACCUAUUUAUUCUUUUUAGAUUUGGGGCCUAAGCAAGCAAUAAUCCUGUAGAUAGAAGCAUGACUGAUCAAAUUCAGGUUAACACUAGGGUGAGCUCUUAUCUCAGCUCUUUUCUAUUCUAUCGUGCUGCUGAAUAUUUUGAUGUAAAUAGUGAGUCUCUUAAUGAAUUCUGUGAAUUCUGUGACUGGUAAAUGUCAUUGCAAACAAGUAUAAGACCUAAGUGAAAUGAAAUAAGCAUCUUAACAGCUAGGUACUGUACAGGCUCCUGUAAUUCCUAAACUCGUACAAUGUGAGUUGGUAGCAGGUGUGUUGUAUCUCAUUUUAAAAGGUGUUUUAAAAUGUAGUGGUGCAGACAAGUACAAGUUCAGUAGCGUUUCCUUUGGGCGACUUACCUCUGAUUUCCCUUUGUGACUUUUCUCUAAAUGAAACCAUGGAUCAAGAUGAAAGAGCCAGACUAGUUGAGUCUCCUUACCCAUGACACACUUUUUUGUGGUGUGUAGACUGACUUUUGUAUUGAUUCAUCCCUCCCCUAUGAUAUGCAGUGUGUGUUGCUGUGUCUUCAAAGUCAACUGCUGGGUGCUCAUUCAAGCUAUGCAGUGAGUCCAGCUGUGUGGCUUGGGUGAGGAUCUGGUUCUUGGGCCCUGUUUAGUAGCGAGCCAAUGAGCAUGUUGUCUUCUGAAAGUGUGGGAGAACGUCACUACAGCUAUCACCCUCAGGCCCCCUUAUGGACACUGCACUUGGGCAUCAACAGCGGACACUUGCUAAACUAAAGACUCUGGUAGACUGUAUGUUGUAAGCUUCCACUUCUAAAAGCUGCCUUUUAGCUAACUUUUCCAGUGUGAUCUGAGCUGUAUAUAUAUUUGAACCCCACUACUAGUCUGCCUCUUCUUUUUAGAGGAGAGUCCUCUCUCUCUUUUUUUAUUUUAGAAAAUUAGAAAUAUGUUGUUCGAUUAAUUGCUUGGUCAUUGUUUCUACUACAGGAAUUAACUUGGUGGCUGAUCAUUUUAUGUGGUGAGAGCUGGCAAAAAAUGUUGGCUGUCACAUGGUUGUGAGGAUUCCACAGGUUGCUGUAUGCACAGGACACAAACAGUUAAUAUUAAACUCAAAUGACUUGGA